AAAUCAGUCUCCGAUGGACCUCAUGUACCCAGAGGUACAGAGUAACAAUCCCCAACACACCGUAUCACAGUCACAGGCUGUGAUCACAUCCCACGGGCCACUCCCUCUGGAGGCAAGAUUUAAUCAGGCUUCUUUCCCUGUAUGCUCGCUAACGGUAACUUCUCCAGCCUCCUAGGACAGCCAAAGAAGAUGCAAAUCCUGUAGCUUCUCCCGCUGAGCACAGCCAUUUCCGAAAGUGGUGGAGACAGUCCCUCAAUUUCUGGAAUGCUCGAAAGCCAUUGUCCUCUCCACAGAGAAUUACUGAAAUCGAGCCGUGCUCUGACGAGACAGAAAAUACAAGUACGAACCAAGGCCAGAGUCCUGCUCAGGAUGUUCUGGAUGAGUUCAAUCGCUAUGUCAUGAAUGAUAUCCCAAUUCGUCUGAUCUACCUUCCAACAAUGGAACUUGUCGGACGGAACUUCGUGAAGACUCAUUUCCAGGAUCGCAUCAAGGAGAUUACUGAAGAUUUGAUAGCCGAAACCCGAGCACGUGCCCGAGUCACGCCGCCGUCGACGAGAGAAACAGUCGUCCCGACUCUUGUCCGGGGCAAAGUCGAAUAUGGUAUUCUCUCCCAUCGGUGGCUAGAUACAGGAGAACCUUCAUACCAAGACAUGAUGGAGAAGAAGCUGUCUGGCCCCUCGAAUGUCAGACAUUCGUUGUCCACCGUAACGUCUCGGCUGAAGGAAGGCCGUCAUGCAUUGCACAUCUUGCACAGUCCCAGUGAGAACGAAGUGCAGAGUCCUGGCUACAAAAAAUUGCAAAAGUGUUGCGAAGAGGCUAGACGCCUUGACUUGCAUUUUCUGUGGUCAGAUACAUGUUGCAUUGACAAGAAUAGCAGUGCUGAGCUUGACGAGUCGAUCCGGUCAAUGUUCCGCUGGUACCGAAAUUCGUCCAUCUGCAUCGCGUAUCUUGGGGGGAUAACUGUUAUUGAAGACCUGAGAUUAGAAGAGUGGUUCAUGAGAGGGUGGACUUUACAAGAACUUCUGGCGCCCAGGAAAAUAAAAUUCUUCAACAAGGAUUGGCAGCGGUUGACCGAGCAAGACGACGACAAGGAAGAGGAUACCCCUCUCAUGACAGUCUUGCAAGAAGUUACCGGAAUUCCCGAAACAGAACUCAUCGAUUUCGAGCCCGUUCCUCAGUAUAUUGAUAAGCGGAUGACCUGGGCUGCGCAGCGAAAAACUACGCGGGCAGAGGACGUUGCUUAUUCACUCAUGGGGCUAUUUGACGUCAGCCUGCAAAUCGCAUACGGAGAAGGUGGAGAGCGUGCAUUCGGGAGGCUUAUUGAAGCCAUCAUGCAAGCUGGCGGGGAUUCAUCAGUGCUCAACUAGGCAGGAAAGCCGGCCAGACAUCAUUCAUCAUUUGCUCUUCCCGCAUCUCCAGCUAGCUUUGUGGGACAUCCCGACAUUGUCACAAUAGGUCGACUUGACAUGAUGUUGACCAGCAGGGGAUUGCGUAUUCCGUUGGUCAUUCUACCGCUUGAAAUGACUCAACCCGAAUUUGAU